UGUCUGCCUCUGAUGUGCUGUUCACAUCUGUUCACUGAAAGUAGUCUUUGGAGGUGAGCGUCCCGUGAGGUUGAACGCAGAAGCAAAGUCAAGUUUAUAUGAUGAUGACGAUGAUGAAGGUGGGGUUGCCCUUCUCUCUUCUCUCUCUUUGGCUCAGCUUCGGCAGUGCUGAUGCGACUGGUUUGAAAGAGCCGCAGAUAUGCUACAUCUUGGACGCGGUUUUGUUCAUCUAUGGGAUUGUUCUCACUGUCCUGUACUGCAGAAUGAAGAUGCGAAGUAAACAAGCAGAAAGAUAUUCAGGGAAGAAAGAUGCCGGUGAAGGGGUUUAUGAGGGUCUCAAGCCUCACGAUCAGGACACCUAUGAGACCAUCAAAAUGAAACAAGGAAAACAAUGAGACUCGAGGCAAAAGGAGAGAAGAAAGUUUCUGGGCUCAAUACCACUAUCAUCUUAAGCAUAUACCUACUGUAAAUAAGCUGUCAAGCAAUUACAAGAAGAAUGUUUUUUGCUUAAUAACUAAUAAUAUAUUGUAAUAACUAACAUCAGGCUUUUUGUUUGCCGUUUGUUUGGCAGACAGACUCCAAAAAGAGAUAAUUAAAUAAUCAAAUAGAAUGCCAAAGGAACAUGUAUUUUUGAAUGAUCAUUCUACUGGUGUAAUAAUUUAAAUGUAGUAUUAUUAUUAUUAUUUUUUUUUAUGAAUGUAUUUUCCUUUUCGCCUUUAAACUACAUUUAAAGCUUCUAACAUAUAUACCGCAGCUGUGUCACUAUUUUUCGAGGCUAACUUCCUGCUCUAGCUUCUAUAGCAAUAUGCCACCAACCCCACAGAGUCCGAGUCAUUUCCUGUUUUAAAGAGUGCAUUGGGGGUAUGACAAAAAAGUGCAUCUGACUUUGACCACAGGUGUGACAGAUGGAAACAAAGCCGUGUUUGAUUUUAUAUGUGUGAAGGCCUUUUGUUUUUCCAUUGGUUUAAGAGUAAGCACUCAUUGUUUUGCUCUGUGGCAAUAAUAGUUUUUUUUUUCUGCUUCAUGUGGCGUUUGAGAAAACAACUAUAUAUGAAACAAAAAUUAUAUACCACUGAUGGUCAGGAUUUACUUUAAAUUUAUUAUAAGAGUAAAUUCAAUGAUAUAUAUUAAUGUAAAAAAUAUUGUUUCUCUAGUUAUGCUUACACUGUUUUGUUGUUGUUGUUGUUGUUUUCAAUAUCUAAUAUCGUCAUUAUAUAAUGGUCUGAUUUCCUUUCCAUAAAGUAAUCUGUUUUCGGCUCUUACAUCAAUAGAUUUGCAGAUUAAAUUUGUAUUUUUUUAUUUAUUUAUUUUUUAUUAGUAGUAAUAUUUUUUUUGCGGUUUAAUCAACUUGGAAUUAAAGCACACUUACAGUAUGUGAUAUGAAAAAUAAUGAGACUACUGUAUUUAGACAGUGAAAUGACAUUGUCUUCUUUAUUUCAAAAUUGUCUUUUUUUCAGUCUUACAUCAAUAGAUUUUAAGACCGUGCUGAUGAUACACAAUCCUACUAUCUGUAAAAUAAAUACAAUGGUCAAAACAGUGCCUACAAUUCUAACAUUUUAUAAUUAAAUUGUUGGGUUUUAUUUUGUCAAAUUAUAAAAAUAAUUUUUUGAAUAUAAAAAUAAUAUAGUUGGACAUUUUGAAAACUAAAAAGAAUAAAAUGUUUAUUUUUAUUAAUUA